UCAUUUCAGGAGACAUGUAAGAAGAAUAUGGAAAAGGAAAACACAACAUUAUGGUCAGAGUUUAUACUCACAGGACUUACCUAUCAACCAGAGUGGAAAAUCCCCCUGUUCCUGGUGUUCUUGGUCAUAUAUCUCAUCACCAUGGUGGGGAACCUUGGUUUGAUUGUUCUCAUCUGGAAUGACCCUCACCUUCACAUCCCCAUGUACUUAUUCCUUGGGAAUUUAGCCUUUGCAGAUGCUUUGAUGUCAUCCACAGUGAUCCCUUUGAUGCUGGUCAGCUUCUUAGCCACAAGCAAGAUCAUCUCUCUCUCUGAAUGCAUGACUCAGUUUUUUUCCUUUGCAAUCGCUAGUACCUCAGAAUGUUUUCUUUUGGCAGCAAUGGCAUAUGAUCGCUAUGUAGCCAUAUGCAAACCUUUACUUUAUCCAGUGAUUAUGACCAACAGACUAUGCAUCCGGCUGAUAGUGUUGUCAUUUGUGGGUGGCAUUGUUCAUGCUUCCAUUCAUGAAGGGUUUAUGUUCAGAUUAAUCUUCUGUAACUCCAACAUAAUACAUCACUUUUACUGUGACAUUAUCCCAUUGCUAAAGAUUUCCUGUGCUGAUACUUCUAUUAAUUUUUUAAUGAUUUUUAUUUUCGCUGGUUUUAAUCAGAUAUUUACUGUUAUAACUGUUCUUGUGUCUUAUUCAUUUGUUCUGUUUACCAUCUUAAAAAAGAAGUCUGUGAAAGGUAUAAAGAAAGCCUUCUCCACCUGUGGGGCCCAUCUCUCAUCUGUGUUCUUAUACUACGGCCCUGUUCUCUUUAUGUACAUGCGUCCUCGAUCUCCAGAAGUAGACAAUGAAGAUAUGACAGACUCUCUAUUUUAUGUGGUCAUCAUUCCUUUGUUGAACCCAGUUAUCUACAGUCUGAGAAAUAAGCAAGUCACAGAUUCACUAAGAAAACUGUUAAAAGAAAUAUUUUGA